AUGGAAAGUGAUGAUGACAUCGAUUACGUCGGAGAUACAGAAGAAGUUUGUUUAAUUUGCAGUGAAUCAGGCAAAGAUGAACUUUGGUAUGCCUGCUCCUCUUGUAAAAAGAUAUCUCAAAGUACAUUAGAAUCAUAUAACAAUAAAUAUCAUGUAGAAAUAGUCUCUAACUUGAGGGAUAACUACAAAAAACGUUCCAAGGAUGUCAACGAAAGUGCUAUAGUAGCGCAACUUGUUGUUUCACCCUUCACGGAAAUUGAUAUCCAACAGUUUGCAACUUCUGUUACGCAGAAUUUUAGCGAAGACAUCGCUGCGACAGAAAUGGAAGCGAUUGCGUUUCAAAAUGAUUUAGCUUUAAAAUCAUUAGUCUCAAAUACAAAAUGUAUGUAUCUGGCCUUCAGUAAGUAA